AUUUGGAAGAGCCAUUGAAGAUGGCAGUUUAAAGUUACCAUUUGCAGAUCCCCUUCCAAAUAAACCAACAGAAGUUUGCCCAUAUUUAUUCACUGCUGAUGAUGCAUUCCCCCUUAAACCAUGGAUGAUGAAACCCUACCCAGGAAAAUUUCUUGAUAAAAAGCUCAAAAUAUUCAAUUACCGUCUGUCACGAGCAAGGAGAGUUGUUGAGAAUGCAUUUGGAAUCACUGCAGCUAGGUGGAGAGUGCUAAGAAGACCUAUAAUGGCUUCAGCUAAAAAGGUGGCAAGUAUAACUAAAGCAGUCUGUGCACUUCACAAUUACCUGAUGUUAGAAGAAUUCGGUAUUCCUAAUUCAUCAAAAAGGUAUUGCCCAGCUGGAUUUGUUGACACAGAAGACAGGUAUGGACAGAACCUGCCAGGAGGAUGGCGAUCUUUGACAGAAGGAGACACGGGUCUGCAACAAAUUUCACGACAAGGAAGCAAUAACUAUUCACGAAAUGCCAAAUCUGUGCAAAAUUUACUGACAAAUUAUUUCUGCUCACCAGAAGGGGAAGUACCUUGGCAAUAUGCGUAUGUGCAAAAUAAUGGUAGACAAGAAAAAUAAACCUGUUUCUGUAAAACAA